UGUGUUUCCCCAGCGUCGCGUAACUUUCCUCCCACUUUUCUUCCUCCCCUUCUCACGUGACACCACGAUAACGGCUCCUCUUCAGUUACACAGACUGGAUUCAGUCUUCUCUGGCCAUGGAACCUCCUCAAGUUUCUCUUAAGGUCAUUGUUAUAGUUCACUUUAUUUUGACAGUAUGGGCAUCGAUGCCAACCAGCUUUUUACCACUUUCCUAUACAUACAUGAAUGCCUUUGUCUUGGCAUUUGGAGUUUGGGGAAUUGUCAACCAGGAAUCUACAGAUGCCAUUAGUAUGUUUUUAAUAUUGAAAAUAUUUACUAUAAUUCAAGACAUUGUUUUCUUGGGUAUCUAUCAACCAAGGGCCUAUGCAGAUAAUGGAAAAUCUUCAGAAAUGAGCUGUGUUCAUGAAUACAGAUUCUCUCUUGCCAUGAGCAUUGUCAACUUAAUUCUAAAGCCAGUCUCCUGUUUCUUACUGUAUCGUAUCUAUCAAGAUCGAGGAGGAAUCUAUGAGACAUUCAGCAUACCAGGCCUCACAUCCCAUACAGGUGGAACAUAUGAAAACAUUGAUCAACCUGUCCCCACUAACAACCUCGAGGCAGCGUCCCCUCGUCAUAUGGCAGACAAGCUCCCUCUGGACCCCUGAAGUAACGAGAGGAAGCUGAGUUUACAUGCAACAAGUUAUUGAUGGCAAG